AUGUUCGAUGUCUUUUCCGAUCUUGUGAGCGUGGUCGCUUGGUGGCGUGGUGGGCGGACUGAUCUUAAGCCAAGUACACUGCGGCUAUUAAGAACGCUUCGUUUUUAUGGUGCGCACGAACCCACGCGACCGAUUCGAAAAGGGAUACCACCACAAUCUGUUGGCAAGCGUGUGAUCAGUAUCAAGCCCAAGAAUACGACCGCGAAUCAAAAUGGCUCAAUGCAAAACGAGGUCUAA